GAUGGCGGUGGUGGAGGCUGAGCCGCCGGCGGGGGUGGCCGCCCUCCCCGAGGUCGCAACCCCUCCCGACGAGCCGGCAGCGGCGCCGCUCGCCCCGCUGGCGGAGGUGAGCGUCUCCGCUGCGCACUACACGGACUUCACCCAGCCCGCCGUGCCGCACCCCGCCGACGCCGCCGUCGAGCCCACCGCCUUCCUCGCCUCCGCCGCCCUUGCCGCCGAGUAGACACUAGCACGGCUCUUCGCGGCUGGCGGGCAUGGGGCGGCGGUUCGUCGAGGGUUAGCGGCGCCGCUCGCCGGCCGACGGCGGCUGGGCAGCGACUUGCGGGCGGAGGCCUCGGGGCGGCGGCGGCGCGGUGCGGUGGGGCUUGGAGCCACGCUGCCGUCGCCGGUUGACAGGCCUGAGGGCAAGGCCGCAAGAAGGGCGGCGGCGGACGACCCGCUCGUCGGAGGGCUUGCGGCGCCGGGCGGCUCUCCGACGCGCGGGGGUGCACAUGCUUUCUGGGCGGGUGACGGGCCAUCGGCGGCAAGGUCGCGCAUGCCGGGACCGCUGAUGUGCGAUCCCCGGCACACGCUUCCGUGCCCACUCUGGCCAUAUGCACGCACUUGCCUGCGGUGAGGUCCUCUGCGGUGUCGUCGUCAGUCAUGUGCGGCUCAUGUCUGUUGUCUCCGGGCCGCGCCGUGCCGGCCGCGCUUUUUUAUAGCAAUUCCCAAAAA